AUGGCUUCAAGCCGUAUUCUCAAGCUGGCCUCGAAGGUCACAGGAAUCGAACCCGAUAAACGACUUCCCCGCAUAACGAACAACCUAGAGAAGGACGCGAGAAGAGAGUUGGCCCCGGCGGACAUAUACAUCGAGAAGGAGCCCACAGUAGGAGAUGUUCUGCGAGAAUUGAAGCCGACGAAGGCGGGAGUGAUUCAGUACUUCCGCGAGCUGUUCCCUUGUGCGGGGUGGGUUCCUCGAUAUAACCUACGAUGGCUAAUAGGAGAUAUCAUUGCUGGCAUAACUGUGGGCUUCGUCGUCGUCCCUCAGGCCAUGGCCUACGCUCUACUCGCUCGAUUAACACCCGAGUUUGGUCUUUAUACGUCUUUCUCUGGCGCAGCCUUGUACUGGCUAUUUGGGACCUCGAGGGAUAUUGUCAUCGGCGAGGAAAGACCCGGAGAGUACUCAGCCGAAGACAUUGCGAAAACCGUAUCCAUGGUCUCCGGCUUCAUCCUGCUCGCCAUCGGCUUCCUCCGCCUCGGAUGGGUCAUCGAAUUCAUCCCCUACAUCCCCAUCUCCGCCUUCGUCACAGCCGCCAGCAUCACCAUCAUGUUAACCCAGCUGCCCGUUUGCCUGGGAAUCCCCGGCAUCAACACGCGAGAGUCCCCUUACCUCGUCCUCGGAAAUACUCUCAAAGCCCUCCCCAAGGCUAAACUCGACUCCGCCAUCGGCGUGUCCUGUCUCGUCUUGCUCUUUAUUGUGCGGGACUUUUUCGCUCAUAUGGCGAAGAGGCAGCCGUCUAGGAAGAGGCUGUGGGAGGCUGCGUCGUCUUUGAGACAGGUUGCUGCCAUGAUUCUUUACACGAUUAUUAGUUUCCUUGUGAACCGGAAUCAUCGUGACAAUCCCAAGUUCCGGUUGGUCAAUAAGAUUGAAGUCGGCUUCAGUCACGCUGGCCCCCCGAAGCUGUCCGGUGACCUAGUGAAGCUCAUCCUUCCUGAGCUUCCAGCCAUCAUCAUCAUUCUCAUCAUCGAGCACAUUGCCAUCGCCAAGUCGUUCGGCCGCAUGUUCAACUACACCGUCAUCGCCUCCCAAGAAAUCUUAGCCCAGGGCGCCUCCAACGUCGUCGGUCCCUUCGUCGGUGGAUAUUCCUGCACCGGUUCCUUCGGUGCAUCCGCCGUGCUAUCCAAGGCCGGCGUCCGGACUCCCGCGGCGGGCCUCUUCAGCGCCGGUCUUCUCGUCUUGGCACUGUACGUUCUCACGGGCGUCUUCUUCUACAUUCCCAUGGCGGCUCUUGCUGCUCUCAUCAUUCACGCCGUCAGCAACCUCGUGGCCACCCCCGCGACAAUCUACGGAUACUGGCGAAUGAAUCCGAUUGAUCUCUUCAUUUGGGUCAUCGGUGUUGUGGUUGCCUUUUUCUCGUCCCUUGAGAUUUCGAUGUAUGUGACGAUUUCGAUUUCGGCCGUUGUCUUGCUUCUGGGGAUUGCGAGAAGCAACGGCAAGUUUAUGGGAAGCGUCAAGGUUUAUGAUGUCACGCAGACGCGGGAUGAAGAGGAGAAGACUAAGAGCGACCCCGACGUUAAGCCUACGCCAUCGGGACCCCGUGUUGCUGCUGAGCAGGAUGACAAUCCGCGAUAUAUCUUUGCGCCACUCGAUAGGAAGGACGGAUCGAACCCGAAUGUCGAGGUCAAGGCCCCGUAUCCCGGCGUUAUUAUUUACAGGUUCCCCGAGGGAUUCAACUACACCAAUCAUGGGAACCACAUCGAUAAUCUCAAGAGUUACAUCGAAAAGCACACCAGGAGGACCACCAAAGAGAAGCUGGAUCACCCUUCGGACCGACUAUGGUGCGAACCAAACACAGACCCCGAAUCCGACAACCCUCGCCCCUGCCUCCGCGCCAUCGUCCUCGACUUCUCCGCCGUCAACCGCCUCGACGUAACCACCAUCCAAGGCCUCCGCCACCUCCGCCAAUCCCUCGACAAAUACGCCGCCCCCGAAACCGUCGAAUGGCACUUCUCCAACGUCUACAACCGCUGGACGCGGAAAGCCCUCGCCAUCUCCGGAUUCGGAUACCCCGCCGACGCUGGCGACGAGAACCCGGCCGCGGACUUCCGGACUGUGUAUACCCUCGGGGGAUUGGGUCGCGAAGAGGGCGCGUGCGUGAAUUAUCUGAGGCCAUCGAGCAGUGGAGCGGUUACGACUGUUGAGGAUGAGGACAGGAUUGAGAUUGAGGAGGUGGAGGUGGAGGCGCAGGAGAAGAGGGUGGGCGGGGUGAAGUAUUCGGCGUUGGGGACGGUGUAUGCGGUUGAUCGGCCGUACUUUCAUGCGGAUCUUACGGCGGCUGUGGAGGCCGCUGUGAGGAAUGCUAGGGAGAGGGAUGGGUGGUGUUCCGGGGCUUCCAUGACGUCUCGGGAGACUCGUCUACCAUGA